GACGUACUCCUCCGACGAGAUGGGGCUAGAAUGGAUUUCUUUUUCUCGGCUACACUAUGACAUUCUCUCACGGCAAUGGGAAAAGGACUGCGGCUGCUUCGCAGUUGCUUCCCUCGCAGGGUUAGCUCCUCCUCCGACGAGCUCCCUCCCCGAUCCAUCCGCUCACCGCCGGUGGCUUGCAGCGGAAGCGCGAGACCUGGGACACCUUCGGCUAGGAGAGCCACCACCAGCCAGAGAAUGAGCAAGGCAUGCAUGGAGCUCGCGAUGGCGGCGCUGGGCAGACUCCUUCCCAAGCUGGGCAGCCUCCUCACCGAUGAAUACAAGCUGCAGAAGGGGGUCAGGGGGCAGAUCAAGUUCCUGCAAGCCGAAAUGGAGAGCAUGCAGGCUGCCCUCAAGGAGCUGUCUCAGCUGCCGGCUCAUCAGAUUGGUCACCUGGAUAAGCUCUGGGCGAGGGACCUGAACGAGCUUUCCUAUGACAUUGAAGACAGCGUUGACACUUUCAUGGUGCGCAUCGAAGAUGCUCCUGUGGGUGCCAAGCCGCAUAGCUUGAUCAGAAGGCUCUUCGAUAGGAUCAGCGGCUCCCAUAAUAGGCUCAUCGGCUUGUUGACAAAGGCCAAGACUCGUUAUCAUGUCGUCGAUGACAUUGAAGACAUCAAGAGCCGCAUCCAUGACGUCGCCGCUAGGCGAAAAAGGUACAAGCUUAAUGAUAUUGCAGUGCAGCCUGACACAACGGCCAUCGAUCCUCGCGUGCCAGCUCUCUUUGAAGAAGCAGCGAAGCUUGUUGGCACAGAUGGCCCUGCAGAGAAGAUUUCCAACUUGCUAACCCAAGGGACAGAUGUGCAAAAACAGAAGCUAAUGGUUGUCUCAAUUGUUGGAGUUGGAGGCCUGGGUAAAACGACCGUUGCCAAUUUGGUGUAUGAAAGGCUUAGGGGCCAAUUUGACUGUCGAGCUUUCGUCUCGGUGUCGCUGAAGCCAAACAUGAAGCAGAUUCUCAGCAGCAUACUACGGCAAGUUAGCAAAGACACGUGCAUCAAUGCUGGAGAAAAGGAACUGGAUGAACUUAUAAGGAGCAUCAGGGAAAUCCUCAACGAUAAGAGGUACUUCAUUGUAAUUGAUGAUGUAUGGAAUGAUGAAACGUGGAAAUUCAUCAGAUGUGCUCUAGUUGGCAACAAUCUUGGUAGCAAAGUUAUUGUGACAACCCGUAAUGUUGGUGUGGCUACUUUGUGUUCUGUUGAUGGCGCUAAAUAUGAACUAGAUCCUCUCUCUGAUGUGGACUCCAAGAGGCUACUUUGUAAAAGGAUAUUUAUUGAGGUAGCGGAAAUUCAUUCUGAAGUGGAGGAGGUAGCAAAGAAAAUUUUGAGGAAGUGUGGUGGAGUACCAUUAGCUAUCAUUACUAUAGCUAGCAUGUUGGCUAGUUUACGAAACAAAACAAAGUAUGAAUGGUACUGCGUAUACAAUUCCAUGGGUUCUGGACUUGAAAAAGACAAGACUCUGGAGAGCAUGCGAGGGAUAUUAUCUCUUAGUUAUAAUGAUCUACCUUACUAUCUUAAGCCCUGCUUACUGUAUUUGAGCAUGUUUCCCGAGGAUUAUGAGAUCCCAAGAGAUAGGUUGGUACACAUGUGGGCAGCGGAAGGUUUCAUUGUUGAAGAAAAGGAGACAAAUUUGUAUGAAAUUGGAGAGAGAUAUUUCAGUGAGCUUGUUAAUCGAAGCAUGAUUCAGCCGGUAGGCAAGGUUGAAUAUGGCAGUGCAACAGCUUGCCGUGUGCAUGAUAUGAUACUUGAUCUCAUCAUUUCCCUUUCAGCACAAGGAAAUUUUGUCAUCAUAUCAGAAGGCCCACAGCUCAUAUCUCCAAAGUGCACGAUUCGGCGACUAUCACUGCAAGAUAGCCAGGUAGAUAGCAAUGAAGAAGAUAGCAAGGAAGAGCAAGUGACACAGCCAACAAAUGUGAACAUGUCCCAUGUGAGGUCACUCAUAGUAUUUAAUGGUGAUGCUUUCCAACGGUGGCCACCUCUGUCAAGGUUUUCAGUUCUCCGUGUUUUGUAUUUGAAAUGUUCUCUCAGCUGGGAUAUUGAUCCUAAGGAUCUAGGGAGUUUGCACCACUUGAGAUAUCUGGGACUAGAAGGUGCGCUUGAAGCAGAGUUUCUAGAAGAAAUUGGAAACCUACAACUUCUGAAGACAUUGGAUUUGCAGGACGCAUUCGUAAGAGAACUGCCAGCAAGUAUUGCUCGGCUAAGACAACUUGAGAAUCUGAUUCUUAAUUGGCAGGGGGCGAAAUUGCCAGAUGGGAUUGAGAAUUUAAUGUCCCUACAACAGUUGGGAUGGCUUGAUGCGCUUAAGUCACCAAACACUCUGGCUGAGCUAGGCAAUCUUACACAACUGAGGGUGCUGAGAAUACGGAGAUUAGAUAGUAUUAUUAAGGUGAAGACUUUUCUCCGGAGCCUAUCGAAUCUACACAACAUGCGCACUCUAGUUCUCAAAUACAUUGGAGGGCGACGCUUCAUAGAUUUACGCUCCAUAGAUUUAGAUUGCAUGUCAGAUCAAUGGAGGUGCCCUGCACAUCUACAAAACUUUAAAACAGAAAAAUGUGUGACCUUGUCUCGGUUGCCACGGUGGUUUUCCACCCUCUCUGAACUCUCCUGCUUAUCCAUCAAGGUCGAGGUGCUAAGACAGGAUGAUCUUCAACUGCUUGGAGCUUUACCUCUGCUACGCUUUCUUAAACUAAAAGUAGCUCGGGAUGGUAUCACUGAAGAACGGCUGGUGAUUCGUAUGGAUGAGCCCUUCCGCUCUCUAGCAGAGUUUAAGUUUAAGCACUUUUCACGAUGUUGUUUGGUGUUUGGUCAAGGAGUGAUGCCAAGGCUUCAAAGACUUCGGUUAUACUUCGAGGUACGGAAGAGAGAAGGUGUUGGAUUUUAUAUUGGCUUGGAGAACCUGACUUCCCUUAAACAUGUCACUGUCAAAGUUGACUGUUUCAACUGCCGGAUCAGGGAGGUGGAGGAUGUAGAGACCAAGAUCAGGGAUUUGAUUGAGAUCCAUCCCAACCAUCCAACUCUUGAGUUGUCAAGACAGCAUACCAAUCGUAUGAAGCAGCAAAUGUAAAAAUUUCGUCUUUCCAUUGAAUUGCCAUGUAUACAUGUCAGAUCAGUAGCGACAUUGAAAGCGACUUGCCGGCUACCGACAGUGAAAGCAACUUUGGUAGUGAGGCUUCAGAGCAAAGUGAAGCCUGACAAACGAUAAUUUUAUUCAAUUUCUGGCAUUAAAACAUCAGGAUAUAUUUGAAUACGGCGAAAUGGAGUAACAGUGAUCAUACUUAUUGAAGGCGAAAUAGAAUGUCACGCUUGAUGGUUGGAUUGAUGCCAGGGGCAUAUAUGUAGUACAUGACACGAUUACAUGCCAAACGGGCCAGCUAAACAGGCUCUAGCAAAUCUCCCCCACCCACAGUUAGAACGGGAGCGGGGCGGAUGUUCAAACUGGAACAAAACUCCUUGAAUAUGGCCGUCGGAAGACCCUUGGUGAAGAUGUCGGCGUACUGAGAACUUGUGGACACAUGAAGAACACGAACUUCCUUGAGUGCGACACGUUCCCGAACAAAGUGGAGGUCGAUCUCGACAUGUUUCAUCAACUGGUGUUGGACAGGGUUAGUCGAGAGGUAGAUUGUACUAAUGUUGUCACAGAAAACAACAAUGGCAUGGUGAAGAGGUCGGUGGAGCUCCGUGAGGAGCUAGCGAAGCUAGCAAGACUCAGCAACUGCGUUGGCGACGACAUGGUACUCAGCCUGGACGCUAGAACGAGAGACCAUCUGCUAGCUCUUGGAGGACCAUGAAAUGAGAUUGUCACUGAGGAAUACGACGUACCCCGAAGUAGACUUCCGAGUGUCGGGACAACCGGCCCAAUCAGCGUCCGUGUAGGUGGUCAAUGAGGUCGUUGAAGUGCGAUGCAACUGUAGUCCAUGGUCUAUGGUGUCCUUGAGGUAGCGUAGAAUACACUUCAGCAGAUUGGCGUGCGGCUCACGCGGGUCGUGCAUACGGAGACAGGCUUGCUGCACAACGUAGGCGAUGUCCGAACGCGUGAACAUCAAGUACUGAAGUGCGCCAGCAAUGCUACGGUAGUCAGUCAGAUUGGUCAAAGGGUCUCCGACGGAGGAGAGCUUGGCACUAGUGUCGAUGGGCAUAUUGCACGGCUUGCAGUUCGUCAUGCCAGCAUGGGCGAGGAUGUCCUCAGUGUACUAAUGCUGGUGGAGGAAGAAGCCGGUGGUGGUGCGCGUGACGGAGAUGCCAAGAAAAAAAUGCAAGUCGCCGAGAUCCUUGAGGGAAAACUCAUCAUGAAGAGAGUUGAUGACACAUCAGAGUAUAGCUGGCGACGAGGCGAUGAGGAUGAUGUCGUCGACGUAUAGUAGUAGGUAGACGAUGUUGUGGUCGUUCCUAUAGAUGAAUAACGAGGGAUCUGCCUUAGAUGUUAUGAAUCCCAGAUAGACAAGGUAUGUCGCGAAGUUACUGAACCAAGCCCAGGGAGCUUGCUUGAGGCCAUAAAGUGAGCGGUUGAGGCGGCAGACGUGCGUACUGCACUCGGGGUUGAUGAAGCCAAAGGGUUGUUGAUAGUAUACUGUCUCAGCAAGCGUGCCAUUGAGGAAGGCGUUAUUGACAUCAAGUUGAUGAACCGACCACUCGUUGGCGAGCGCUAUAGUGAGGACGGUGCACACAGUGGCCGGUUUGACAACGGGGCUGAAUGUCUCCUCAAAGUCCACACCGGGUUGUUGAGAGAACCCAUGAAGAACCCAACGUGCCUUGUAUCGAUCCAAGGAGCCAUCAGCCUUCAACUUGUGUAAAAAAAUCCAUUUACCUGAAACAAUACUAGCACCAUGAGGAUGAGGAACAAGGUCCCACGUGUUGUUAAUUAGUUCGCAAAGCAGCGAACUCUUGUUCCAUAGCAAGGUGCCAGUUGUCAUCACUGAGAGCAGUACAAUAUGCGUGCGGGAUCGGUGAUGGAACAACGACAUGCAGGUUCAUCCGAUCAAGAGGCUACCGGAAACCGUGCUUCCCACAAGUCGUCAUUGUAUGCUCAUUGUGAACUGGAGGCACAAGCAUGGCAUGGGGCGGUAGUGGCAGUAGCGGCUGAGCGGCGUGAGGAAUAGGAGCAUGCAGCUGUAUUUGUGGUGCGGUGUUGUUUGGUGGUAGCGCUGUAGGUUGUGACGCGAGCGGGCGCACAGAUGGUGAUGCAAGCGUGGGCAGCUGCGCAGGGGGCGAUGCGGGCAUGUGUCGCACUAUUGUGCCACUUGGUGAGGGUGUGGAUGUCAGCUGUGCAGCUGAGGUGGGAGUUCGACCAAUAGGUGACGACAGAGGAACUGAUGCAUGAGUAGCCACAGAGAAAGAAAAUCAAAAUCGGCUAGCACAGGAGGGUUAGGCUGUUCGGAGAAACGAGCUCUCAUCAAAGAUGAUGUGGUGACUGAUGAUGAUGCGGUUUGUGACAAGAUCCAGACUGCGGUAACCUUUGUGGUGGGUGGGAUAUCCAAGGAAGACACAAGACUUGGAAUGAGGUGCAAGUUUGUGUUGGGUGGUGCUGGAUAAAUUGGGGUAACAUCUACAACUGAAAACUCAAAGGUGGGAAUAAUCGAAAGAUGAACCAAAAAGGGCCUGGUGGGGAAUGCCGAAGUUCAAUGAUUUUGUGGGGGAGAUUUAGAAGAUGUGUGAUGGUGUGAAGUGCCUUGACCCAAUAAGGCGAUGGCAUGCUAGCUUGUAAAAGAAGCGAGCGGAGGAUGUCAUUGGUUGUUCGAAUAAUAUGUUCGGCCUUGCUGUUUUGUUGGGAGGUGUGUGGACAUGACAUGCGGACUACAAUGCCAUGGGAGAGAAGAUGGAGACACAUGACAUGGUUGUCGAACUCAUCGCCAUUGUCACACUGAAUCCCGUGAAUGGUAGAUGAAAACUGAGUGGCGACAAAAGCAAAGAAAUUGUGAAGAAUGUCAAAAACAUUAGAUUUCAGUCUAAGCAGGAACAUCCACAAGUAGUGAGUAAAAUUUUCAAGGACAACGAGAUAAUAUUUGUAAAUGAAAAUACUGGGGACUGGUGAGGUCCAAAGAUCACAAUGUAUUUACUCAAAAGCUCUAAUAGUGUGAGUAAUGGGGGGAUACAAGGGUAGACGAAUGUGUUUGCCCAACUGGCAGGCAUGACACAAGGGGUCUACACCUAUUUUAUUGCAUCAAAUAUGCGAAGCACUAGCAAGAUGGGAUAAAGCUUGGUUGCCGAGGUGUCCAAGACGAUGAUGCCACAAUGUAGACGACGAAGUGGUGGUGGAAAGUGCAUGGGGAGCUGGUGGCGGCCAGUGAAGAGGGUAGAGAUGUUCGUGGCUAUUGAACCUGAUGAUCACAUUCUUGGUGUGAAGAUCCUUCAUAGAAAUACCAAAAGGGUCAAACUCAACAGAACAAUGAUUAUCUAUAGUGAAACGACGAGCAGAAAUUAGGUUUUUGAUGAGAGAGGGGGUAACGAUGAAAUUAUUAAGGUGGAAGGAAUGGCGAGGGAAAUUAAUGGAGGCUGCACCAGUGUGUGUGAUCGGAAUAUGAGAACUGUUACCAACAACAGCAAAGGGAGGGGCACCUGAAGAAAUUGGAGAGGAGGAGAGAUUACCAUGUUCCGAGGUCAUGUGUGCGGAUGCGCCAGAGUCCAUGUACUAGUUGGAAGAUGGUGGUAUCAGAGUCAUCAUGUUGAGGGCUAGCAUUAGCUGCUGCUGAUCCCACGAAGCAGGCUGCUACGCUGGUGGCCCAGGAGUGUAGAUGGGCUGGUACACAUUGCCGGGCUGUGACCAGCAACCAGGGGGUGCCUGCUGGGGUACUGUAGCCAUGAAAGCUCCAGCAGGUCAUGGGCCAAGGAUGCCCUGAUUAGGCCUCAGUGCCUAAUCGGGCCACAUAUGAAUGGAUCCGGCCCAGGGAUGCUAAAAGGAGGGCCACGAUGCAUGAUUGGUGCUGCUGGACUGUGCCUGUGUAUUGCGCGCACCGCUGUUUUCGUUGGUGUGGCCACCAUGGUUUCUAUUUCCUCCAUUGUUGCGACGAUGAUUGAAAUUGUUGUUGGUGCUGGAGCACGAGCCGGAGUCACUGCAGUUGUUGGAGGUGUUGCCACGAGAGGAAGCCCUACUGGUGUAGGGCGUGGAGGUGACUCCAGAUGCCAUCUUGUAGGAGGUUCCGAUCUGCGCAACAAGGGCUGAGGGUGCCAAGUCCUCAAACCCCAUGGUGAGCUCUUCGAGGAGAAGUGCAGAUUGCACAGUGAGAAACGUCGGCACUGGACGUUGCAUGGAUAGCAACGUGUGCAUAUGCGUGAACCGACGACUUAAGUCACGGAGAGUGUUGAGGACGAGGCUUUUGUCGAUGAUUGGUGUGCCCACGGCAGUGAGCUCAUUGGCGAGGGUUUUCUGCUUGCGGCAAUAUUCCGCCAUGGACAGAGAGCCCUGCAUGAGGCCGUAGAAUUCUUGGUCGAGGUAGAUGGCAUGAGUGACAGUGUUGUCACAGUACAGGCCUUCAAUGCGCGGCCAGAUGUCGUGCGCAGUCGCUGUGGAGUCCAUGACCAUGGAAAGAAGAUUGACAGCGAUGACUACGUACAACCAGGAGUGGACGAGGGCAUCAAGACGAUGCCACUGCACAUCGGGGGAAGAAGGAGCAGCUGCGCGAAUGUGGUCAUCGAGGGCGAACUCGAAGAGUCCACACCAUUGGGAGUAGUUUCCGGAUUGAAGAUCUAGAGUGAGGGGAACCAACAGUUUGAUGCUGGAGACGCCAACUGCAUGUGCCCAGAGGUUUGCCUUGGCCUCGAGCUCGGCUUUGGCCAUGGUGGCUUCCUGUUCGACAGCGGUAGCCUGCUCGGCGUCAGUAAGAGUCGGCGCCAUGGGAACAUCGGGAAGAAGGCGGAAGGAGGUGGAGAUAAGAUCGAUCUAAACUGAUACCAUGAAGGCGAAAUAGAAUGUUGCGCUUGACAGUUGGAUUGAUGCCAGGGGCAUAUAUGUAGUACAGGAUGCGAUUACAUGCCAAACGGGCCAGCUAAACAGGCGCUAACAAAUCUCCUAUACAAGGAAACUAAUUUCCUGGAAGACAGAAUUUCCAGCGUGAAGGGCGCGGCCUCCUGGCGUGCGCAGGUCACGGGCACAUGCACGAUAUUGCAUGCUGCUGUUCCCCUAACACUUAUCUCUCUGGCAUUGUCUUGAUUGGGACAAUAUUUGAAGAUCAUAAUUUGUGUUUAUCUAGAAAAUAAAAGACUUGCUCAGUCACUAUAUUUCACUAUGUAUAGUGAAGUUCGAUCACAUGUGAUCUUUCGAUGAGUAUUUAUCUUAUAGUCAUGUUGACUAUAUUCUUAUAUUCAUUAUGUGUUUUGCAGGAACGGAGUAAUGGGUCAUUUUAACGCUUAUCAAUGGUUUAUGGGACAGAGAUUUGUAGCAUUUUCCAAGAGAUCUAUUUACUUUAUUGGAAACUUUGACAAUUUAUUAUCACUAUAUCUUUCCAAUGUUAGCAUGAACUUGUUUGUUUAACAAACAUAUAAUUGUGGAUGAUGUUUUGGGUCUACUUUUCACAACUUUGAAUUUAUGUUUGUAUGGAGAAUCAUUUACAUAUUGCAA